ACAUCGGCGAGCACAUCCUGUAGCCACCACGUUUGCGCCGCUUUAGGCAGCCGAGUCUUUCCACCACCUGAGACCAGAACCAAUGGGGUCUUGGCUCCGCCCACUGUGUAUCCAUCACGACCAGAACCAAGCGGCAAGCUUGAUGUCUCGUUUGACGCCCGGUCAAAAGGAGCCAAGCUGGACAAUUUAACGCCAAAGGGUAGAAUCGAACCGAGCCGAGCGAGGACAUAAUCAAUGCUUUUUUUGUUUACCGUUGGACCAGAGCGGCGUGUCUCCUCUUCCGGGUCUGUAUGAAAGACCGACGAGCCGAACCACGGCCAGCAGACGUCCACGUGAUCCGAGUUUGAGCGCGAGGUUACAGGAAGUGAAGGCCUUGUGUGACUUCUUUGUCGCGUGACCGUGCGGACCAAUAGGACGGUAUAAGUUCUGUCACGUGUGGCGUCUGGUGCUGUUUUGUUUCCGGGUUUGAUCGCUCGGCCACUCGUCCGUGAUGUCACCAUGUCCAACCACGGGAGCCGCGCGAAAACGUUAAUCAUCACGGAAGAUGAAGAGGAGCUGAACCCGUUCUCUUUCAGAGAGUUCCUGCGCUCGAAGAAACACGACCCGGACCCGGACCUUGUCCUAAACCCGGAGCAGGACCUUGGCCUGGACCAGCAGCAGCCGGAAUGGAAGGUGAGUUUGCUACAGGAAGCGACAUCAUGCGUGGCUUUACGCUCGCUGUCCAAUCAGGUGGAGAAAAGAGAGGGUGGGUGGAGCUUUCAGUCAGUUGAAGAUAGCUCCUCCCUCUGUGCUGAGGAUGAAGAGGAAGGCCAGUCAGCCACCUUCUUCUCCAAGCGAGGAGGCGGAGCCACCUACGAGGGUGAUGAUGAAGUGUCCAGGUUACAACCAAACACCUCCAGCAGGGGGCGCAUACAACAGCUGCAGCAAGAGAACCGCUCACUGAGGAGAACCAUCAUGGACCUUCAGAGAACAUCAGAAGCUGACAAGCAAAGGGUGGAGGCACUGGAGGCAGAGCUACAGCAGCGGCGCUGUCAGGAGCAGCAGGAGGUCCGAGACAUGGAGAACAUGGUCCACUCUGUGGAGCAGAACCUAGAGCUGAUGACGAAACGGGCGCUGAGAGCAGAGGGCAGCGCGUGCAGGAUGAGGGCGGAGCUACAGCUGCUGCAGGUCACACACACACACACACACACACACACAUCAAAGUGGUCAUUCUCACGUGUGUGUGUGUGUGUGUGUGUGUAUGUGUGUGUGUGUCAGGCUGAGAUUGAAUGUCUGCGCUCAGAAAAUGCCAGCCUCAAGUCAGGUGAGUCGGAGGUCAUCGCAGCGAUGAGACGCAACGCCCACGUGGCGUCUGACUACCUGGACAAGACAGCAAGCCACGCCCACUCCUCCAUCCGGUCAGUGUCAGCUGCUGGAGGGGGCGGAGUCUCUGCGUCUGGUCUCCCAGCUGCUGCGCUCCAUCGACAGCGUAUCCGACGUGACGUCGGGCGAGUUGUGAAGCCAGGUGAAAUAAAAGGUGCUGCGGAAUCUGAUGGGACCGUGUCUUGAUUGGCCGCCCCCACAGCCAAUCACGCGCUGUGCGUGUGCGUGUACGUGAGCGUGUGCGUCUGCUGCCUCCAGUGCGUCUUCCAGCUUUGCAGCCAAUCACGCGCUGUGCGUGCGCGUGUACGUGAGCGUGUGCGUCUGCUGCCUCCAGUGCGUCUUCCAGCUUUGCAGCUCGUUCAGUCGUCUCCGCUUGUCUGCCUCGAAAUGUGACAGCUCUGCUGCGAACACCUGCUCAAAACGCUGACACGCACGCACGCACGCACACACACACGCACACACACGAUGGAACCUGUGUAUGAUGGUGUGUGGGUGCGUGCACGUGCGUGUACCUUGACAGCAGCGUCUCUGUGUUCUAUGACCGCCACGUGUCCCACGGUGCACCUGCUCGUGGUGAUGGAUGCGGUUGUUGUCGAGUCAGCUGACAGGUGGGGAAUACCUGACCACAUCCUGUCACGCACACACGAACGCACUGUGGGAAGAGGCCACCAGGUGAGAAGUGAGUUGUUACCUGCAGGGUUGCUGUCCCGUCUCCAUGGUUACGGGUCUGUCCUCCCAGGUGACUUCUGCUCACACAGUGACACUGUUACCACGUCAACCACAACAAGGUACCAGCGAUCACAUGAUGCUACCUGCGAGUGGCAGCUGGUCCAUUUGAAGGAGGAGUUUCUCUGUCAGGGAUGCCAGUGAUGUCACAAACUCCUCCCCUUUGCAUCUGGCACACUCCUGCACACACACGCAGGUCAGCCGCCAGCCGGUCACCAUGGUAAAAGGGUCGCGUGGAUACCUGCAGCUGCUGAUGUGAAGAGCGGAUGUCGUCGUGGAGACGCUGCUGUCGGUCGUCCUCGCUGCGGCUCAGCUUGUCCAGCUCGCUGUGGGAGAGCGACAGGCGCAGACGAGCCACGUUGGCCCUCUGACGCCGACGCCGGCACCUCAGUCGCCACGGCCGUGACCUCAUCAGUCACAUGACUGCAAGCUUACCUUCUCCUUCUCGCUCGCCGCUAGCGUCUUCUCAAACUUCUGUCUCACCAGGUCCGCCUCCUCCCUCAGCUCCGCCCCCAUGCGUUGUUCGUGGUUACGGAUCAGCUUGUCAGGGAGUGCGUGCAUGGUGUCGGCCAACACGCGCUGCUGCUGCUCCAGCGCUGGCACGCACGCACGCACACACACACACACACACACACACGGUACACAGGACGUGAUCCCAUGUGACAGGAAGUGGCGGUACCUUCUCUGCUGGCGCUCAGGAGCGUCUUGGCGUGCUGCUGAUAUCCCAGCAGCCUUUGCUGUAUGCCGUCCACCCACUGGUCCAGUGCCCCAGGAAGGAGGUGGAAGCCCCCGCAGCGUUGACUCUGGUAGAAGUCCUGGCGUACGACACCGUGCUGGGUCAGCGUGGCCCCCGUCACACAAGUACACCUGAGCCCCCGUUACCUUGGCAACCAGCAGCAGGGUGUGGUGAGUCCUCCUCAGCACGGCGUUCACGAUGGCGAUGUAGCAGCUGCACGCACGCACGCACACAUGCACACGCAGCAGCAGGUGAGCAGGCAGGAUGACGUCACAUCUGAUCCAGUUUCAGUCUGGACUCACUCUGGAUUCUGGUCUGCUUCUGGUUUGGAACCAAAGAUCUGGAACCUUUUGUCAGUCCUGAGGGACCUGCACAUGUGCACACACACACACUGUCAAUAUGCACGUGUGUGCACGUGUGUGUGUGUGUGUGUGUGUGUGUGUGUGUACCUUGUCGCAGCAGCAGACUCGCUCCGUCGUGAUGAUGGCUGGCGAUGGGCGGGGCUUCGACCUGCACACACACAAGCCAUCACUGUCACCUUUGACCUUCUGUGUUCAGGGUCAUGACUCACCUUUGAAGGUUACAGGGCCGGCGGCAGCGGCAGGGUCGUGACCCCCACAGAACCUGAGGGACACAUUGGAGACGUCAAAGAGUGCUGCAGCCGUCAGUCACGUCUUUCCUGUACACACCUGUUCAGAGACUUGACCACGCCCACUAUGGGGUCUUCCAGAAUGUUCCCUCCCGACCUGCAGGGCUGCAGCAAAGCAGGGGGCGGGGCCGACCAUACCUGCUUCCUGGAUUUGGACGUGGCGGGCGCAGGAAUGAUCUCGUCCAGGUAGUGACUCCGCCUCCUGAGGGCGUCGCUGAUGAAUGACAGCAACACACACACCUGCUCUGCACACACCUGCAUGUUCACACACACACACACUCACAGUAGUUGACAAUGAUGAAGAUGCUAGCAGCUGUACCUGCUCUCCUGCCAGAGCCUUCCUCAGCUCUUCCAGACGAGCACUGAUGGUCGCCUCCUGGUGGUUGCUGCUUGCCCCCUGCAAAGUCACAUGACUCACUCCGAGGUCAAAGAGGGUCAGGUGAGUUGAAAAGUUCCUACCUCAGCUCUGACCUCCACUUGAGUGCUGCUGAGAAUCCUCUGGAUCUUCUCCAUGAACUUCACCUCAGCCUGCAAGAGCCAUAGCUUCUCCUCAAAACGCCCCGACCCUGCCUUCACCUGAACCGCCAACAAAGCAUGCUAACACGCUAACAGUAAACACUCUUCUUAGCUGUGGGGCUAAAAUGCCAACAGUAAACACUUUUAUUAGCUGCGAGGCUAACGUGCUAGCCAGUAAAUAUACUUUUUAGCUGUGUGGCAACAUGCUAACAGUAAACAUUCUUCGUUGCUGUGGGGCUAACAUGCUAACAGACUUGUGGUAAGAUUGUGCUGUGCUGUUGAGAGGCAGAAGCUCACACCUGCUGUAAACCCUUGGACUCCAGGUUUUGAAGGUCCGUGUAGAUGUUCUCCUCCGCCGUGCUGAUACGUUUACUUUCUUCUCUCAGACGCCGCUGGAAUAUUUUCACUUCGUGACGGGUGAAGUCACCUCCUUCGCUGAACAACCUGACCAACACGUGACCACGCUGUCACUAUGAUGUCACUGAGAUGCCGCAAUGAGGGCGUUACCUGAAGGAGUGGAGGAGGGAGGCGGUCUUGCAUCGGAGUUCCUCCAUUUGGAGCUGAAGCAUGUGUCUGAAGCCAGCGUGGGAGCGCUGGGUGUCUUUGAUGUGGUCAUCCAGACAGUUCUGCAGGGUGGAGCUGAGAGCCUCCAGACUGACACACACACACACACACACACGGGAUGUGAGACACGCAUGCGGGACCUUUAGUUGAGUUUGUGGUGGUUCUUACCGUCUGCUGCCGUCCGUUUUGAGGACGUUGUCGUCCAUCUUGGACAGCGUGGCGGUGAGCUGCUGGUUCUUCUUGCUGACGGACGCCUGCAGCUGGUGUAGCGUCGCCCUGCAGGAAGUCAGCACGUCUGACACUUCCUGGCAGUGAGUGUCCACA